GUUACCUACUCCUAAGUUUCCACUCUCUCGCUAUACUUCUUAAGCUCUCUAGUUUUCAUAGAUAGAAGAAGAAGGGAAGAAAGAGAAGGAGAGAGAGCUUCGAAGCUCUGCUCUGUUUCUAAUUUUCAUGGAGAAGCACAGUUGCAAGCUCUGUUUCAGGAGUUUCGCUAAUGGUAGAGCUUUGGGUGGUCAUAUGAGGUCUCAUAUGGCUACCUUGUCGAUACCUCCAAAGGCCCAACAAAUCCAUCACCAUCAUCAUCAACAACAACAACUCAGAGAUGAGACUGAGUCGCCCUCAUCUGCAUCAUCUUCUUCGUCUUCUUCUUCUUCUGGUGAGGAAGAAGAAGAAGAAGAAGAAGAAGAGGAAAAAGGUUUGUAUUAUGGGCUGAGAGAGAAUCCGAAGAAAAGCUUUCGUUUGGUAGAUCCUGAGUUUUCUUUUGCCGUCGAUGCUGGGUCGGUUGUGCAGGACAGAGAAAGCGAAACAGAAUCAUCUAAGAACCCAUCUAGAAGACGAUCGAAGAGGAAUCGCAAAUCCAGCUUCAUCGGAGAACAAAGAAAUCUACAGCAACAUCAACAACCACAAACACCGGAGCUGAAGAAGCCCAAGUCGAGCAAACCCAGUCAAGCUGAGUCGCUGCCCGAGCCAGAACCGGUGAGCUCUGUAUCUGAUACUACUCCAGAGGAAGAUGUUGCGCGAUGUCUUAUGAUGCUUUCAAGGGAUAUAUGGAUGAGAAAAGAAGAAGAAGUGGAGACGGAGGAAGAACAAGAAGAAGAUGAAGAAGAAGCAGAGAAAUCUAUGGAAGAGUCCGAUGACUCGGAAGAGCUCAAAUUCCCAACUCGGACUCGGGGGAGAUACCAGUGCGGGACAUGCAAGAAGGUGUUCAGGUCUUACCAAGCUUUGGGUGGGCAUAGAGCAAGUCAUAAGAAGAUCAGAGGCUGUACCCUAUCUUCCUCCUAUGCUGCUCGGACCCAUGAAGCAGAUUCCGAACCAGGUAAUGCAGGAACUUCCACUGUCGAUCGGAAAAUCCAUGAAUGCCCUGUUUGUUUUAGAGUUUUUGGGUCUGGUCAAGCUCAUGGUGGGCACAAAAGAUCCCACCUUUCUGGUUCAGUUACAGCUACAGCUACAAAUACUGCUAAAUUUGGAAACAAUUUGAUAGAUCUUAACCUUCCUGCUCCUGUUGAAGAUGACGAUAUGAGCCAAGUUGAGCUCUCUGCGGUCUCUGAUGCAGAAUUCGUCGAUCCGACCAAAUGACGGAUUACAGUGGUGAUUGGAUUCUGUGCCAUUGAAUGGGGAUUACAGUGGAAAACUCAAAGCUCUCGGAGGUAAAUAGAAAUUCCAAACCUUGAGUCUUAUCAAUGCGAUCUGUGAUUAUUUUUAGUUUGUUUGAGGAAUUGGGUCAAAUCACAAAUGGGUCUCUGUAUUUACAGAUUUUUCUUUAUAUUAAUCUUCUCAAAAUUCGUGCUUUUUUUUUUUUACUUUUUCUUUCU